AGGGGCCCUCCUCCUCCUCCUCCUCCUCCCCCGAUGGACUGAAGGAGGCCCCGCCGCCGCCUCUCUGCCUCCUGAGGAGGCGCCCGGCGCCAUGAACCUGCUCCCGGCCAACCCGCACGGAAACGGGCUCCUCUUCGCCGGCUUCAACCAGGACCACGGGUGUUUUGCGUGUGGGAUGGAAAAUGGAUUUAGAGUGUUUAAUGCAGAUCCACUCAAAGAGAAGGAGAAACAAGAAUUCCUUGAAGGAGGUGUUGGCCAUGUUGAAAUGUUGUUUCGCUGCAAUUAUUUAGCUUUGGUCGGUGGAGGAAAGAAGCCCAAAUAUCCACCUAAUAAAGUGAUGAUCUGGGAUGAUCUGAAAAAGAAGACUGUUAUUGAGAUAGAAUUUUCCACAGAGGUCAAAGCAGUAAAGCUGCGAAGAGACAGAAUUGUUGUAGUCUUGGAUUCGAUGAUCAAAGUUUUCACGUUCACGCACAAUCCUCACCAGUUGCAUGUCUUCGAAACCUGCUACAAUCCUAAAGGCCUCUGUGUCCUGUGCCCAAACAGUAAUAACUCCCUGCUCGCAUUCCCUGGAACACAUACUGGACAUGUACAGAUAGUAGACUUGGCAAACACAGAAAAACCUCCAGUAGAUAUUCCUGCUCAUGAAGGGAUCCUAAGUUGCAUAGCUCUCAACUUGCAGGGAACAAGGAUUGCCACAGCUUCAGAAAAAGGGACCCUUAUAAGAAUAUUUGAUACUUCAUCUGGACAUUUAAUUCAGGAGCUGCGAAGGGGAUCUCAGGCAGCUAAUAUCUACUGCAUUAACUUCAACCAGGAUGCUUCUCUCAUCUGUGUGUCCAGUGACCAUGCCACAGUUCACAUAUUUGCUGCUGAGGAUCCUAAAAGGAAUAAACAGUCAAGCUUAGCAUCAGCCAGUUUCCUGCCCAAGUAUUUCAGUUCCAAAUGGAGUUUCUCCAAAUUUCAGGUUCCCUCUGGCUCUCCCUGCAUCUGUGCCUUUGGAACAGAGCCAAAUUCUGUCCUAGCAAUUUGUGCAGAUGGCAGCUACUACAAAUUUUUAUUCAAUCAAAAAGGGGAAUGCGCCAGGGACGUCUAUGCUCAGUUCCUAGAAAUGACUGAUGACAAACUUUGACUGAACAGACAUCUGUAGCAGGGGAAGGAUACUGCCCCCCUCCCAAUUAUUCUCCUCCUCUUCCUCCUCAAGAAAAGCCUCUGACUAUCAUAGACUCAAGAGUGCUGCUCAAGAUGGGACCGAUAUCCUCAAGAAGCCCAAGACAGCAUGAUAUGGAGUAAGCCACAAGGCAGAGGACUGAUACGUUAACUGUCAACAGCUGGUUUUACAUGUUAGAUUUGGCUGUUGUUACUUCAAUUUUCGUAAAGGUUCUGUAGCCUAUGCCAACUGGGGUUUUCUCCAUUGUUGACGAACAAAGUUUAGCGCCUG